UCCUUUCCAAUCCACGUCCAAGUAAACACAACAAAGAAUCAAAAAAAGAUGAACACUCCAAUAAAACUCACUUUUCUCAUUCUCUGCAUCGCCCUAACCGCAACCGCAUUCGUAGUCCCAGCAAAACGUGCCGAUGUUACACCGGAACACGAAAAAACUGUGGCAGGAAUCUGCAGCGUUGUGGAAGACAAAAAUCUUUGUAGCAUAACCUUGAAAACCGUCCCAAGCAAUGACCCAGCCUUCUUGGUCCGUUACUUAGCCACAGCCGCAGAAUCCUCUGUUAAAAAGGGUUUGAACUUCCUCUCCGAAAUCAAACCCAAAUACAAAGGAAACGCCUUCGCCACAAACUGCAUCACCGGUUGCGAAAAACAGCUAAACAACGCCUUGGAAGACUUUUCAGAUUUUUGGAAAGCCGUGGGGAAAAACGUAACCAGCAUGGCGGAUAAUUACUUCACGUGCAAGAAGAAGAUGAAUUCUAUCUUCACGUACCAGUCGACUUGUCUUGAUGACAUUUACGACAAAACGUUAUUGAAAGAGGUUCAAGGAGGAAUAGGGCUUGGGAAAAGAAUCAGUGGUGAGUCAGUGGAUGUGUUCGCUGGAAUGGACAAAGUCUUUAACACAUUAAACAUUAAGACCAAACUUAACCAGCAAGAUACCGAUUCGUUGCUCCCACCACCUUUGUCGUUUUACUACCAUUGAUUUAUUUAUUAACAUUAUACAUAUAUAACAAAGAGAAAUGUGCAUCGACUGGGGUUUUUCAGAUAUUUUAGGAAUCUUGUAAGGGUUCCUUUUUGAUGUAUAUUUGUAAUUACGAUGUUAUAGGUGAUAAUCAUGUAUGGACCUCGUGGUUGGAAAGGAUAUGGGAAAAAUGUGAUUAUUAUCUAAUAAUAAUAAAUUUAAUUUGUAACUUAUUUGGUUUA